AUGAAGUUCCAAGCGCUCUCAUUACUUGCGCUUCUUUCACUAUCUGUCUCUGCACAGGAAGUGAUAGGCAACGGAAACAUCACAGUCGCAUUCUUUGCUGACAAUGAAGAAGACGCAUGCCAAGCCGACAAUGCCAACAAGACGACAACGGGUCUCGUCCUUACGACAUCCGACCUACCAAGCGCAUACACAUGUUUCAACCUCUCAGAUAUCUUCUCACAAUCCAACAACACUGGUUUCAUGAAUGCCACCUGGAAAGUCUACGACUCGGACUAUGAUCUUCGCGAACCCAAUGGCGUGCACUGGCUCCUCCGCAACCAAGACAACUUUGACUCCAAAGCCAACUACUCCCGAGUCUGGUACGAGCAGGUCAACCAGACAGGAGAGAUUAAAGCCGGCGAGGACGCUCCAUGGGUGUUUUACAUCUACGCGUUUGAAGACUGUGAGCAGAUGCUGGCCGGAAGUGAUGACCCUUAUGAGAAGUGGCCUUGGUUCGAGAACAGCUGCCAGACUGAGAUUGGCGGUGAGUGUCGGACGGUUCCAUACUCCAUCAAGAGCUUUGCGAUCCAUCAGUCUUUAGCGUACAACAUCGGACAUGGGGGUUGUGAAGAGUGGGCGUUCCUGGGAGCUGCACCGAGGUUUGGUGAGCGUGUUUCGGCAUUGGUUGUGCUCUCGGCGAGCUUGACGGCCUUUUUUCUUGUGUUUUAG